AUCUCCCAGCAUCAUCAGCGCUCCUAUAUAAAGCGCAGCAUCCCGUUCACGCGCUGCCACUUGAUCGUCAUCCUCAUCAUCCUCAUCAUCAUCCGCAGGAUCUCACACACUCAAAUGCGGAGGGGCAUGAAGCGACCAUAACGGGACACUGAACACAAACACAACACACAGGAUCAUGACGAAAUCUUGCACGGAAGAACCCUCGAUGAUCGAGUCUCAGGCCGGCAGUGCCAACUGGACUGACAAGAAGCAGAAGCCCGGGCACGAGGCCAUGCGCAAAGACCCGGAGAACGACGAAGAGGAGGCUGUGCACAGGCUCGAGGACGCGCACGAGCUGGAGGAGGAAGAAGAGGAGGAAGAGGAAGAGGAGGAGGAAGAGGAAGAGGGCGACGACGCGAGCAAGCCGAAGCGGCGUGGCCCGAAAAAGAAGAAGAUGACCAAGGCGCGCCUGCAAAGGUUCAAGCUGAGGCGCAUGAAAGCAAACGCGCGCGAGCGCAACCGCAUGCACGGGUUGAACGACGCGCUCGAGAGCCUGCGCAAGGUGGUGCCGUGCUACUCGAAAACGCAGAAGCUGUCCAAGAUCGAGACGCUGCGUCUGGCCAAGAAUUACAUCUGGGCGCUGUCCGAGAUCCUGCGAUCGGGCGAGAGUCCGGAUCUGGUGUCGUUCGUGCAGGCUUUGUGCAAAGGUCUUUCGCAGCCCACGACUAAUCUGGUGGCGGGGUGCUUGCAGCUCAAUCCGCGGACUUUCUUGCCCGAGCAGCAGAGCCACGCGCACGGAGCGAGCGUCGCUUCAUACGCCAGCAUGCACCCGUACUGCUACCAGAGCCCUGGUCUGCCGAGCCCGCCGUACGGCGCUGCGGACGGCGCGCCGCACCACGCGUUUCACGCCAAGACGGCGGCGCACGCGUACGGGAACACGCUGCUCUUACCGCCGCCGCCGCCUCCGCCGCCGCAGCCGCCGAGCGCCUUGCAGGCGGAGCCGUUUUACGACGCCGCGCUGGCGGACUGCGCGCACAGCCCCGCCGCGUCCUUCGACGGGCCGCUCAGCCCGCCGCUGAGCGUCAACGGGAACUUUUCCUUCAAGCACGAGCCGCCGGCGGAGUUCGAAAAGAGCUAUCACGCGUUCGGCGGCGGCGUGCAGCCCUACCAUCACCACGCGCCGCCGCCGGGACACCACCAUCACCCUCAUCACCCUCAUCACCACCACCACGCGGCUCUUUACGAUUUACCACCCAUGGAGAACGUCGUGCCCUACGAGGGCCACUCUCAUCACGAACGAGUCGUGCACAUGAACGCGCAACUCAACGCCAUAUUCCACGACUCGUGAGCUCGAGAGGACUUUUUUCUUUUCUUUUCUUUCUUUUUUUUUCCAGAGACAGUUCGAUUCAUAUAGUGCGUGUCAUCAUGGUUACCUGUUUAUGGCUUAUUGCAAAAAAAAGAAAAAAAAAAGAAAGAGAGCAGCAGAAAAAAAAUGCCCUACACUUGAAUUAACACCCUUUUUUAAUUCGAAAAAAGUUUUGGUAUGACGUGCAGGGGGUGCAUGCGCUCGCGCUGUCAUCUGCGUCAAAAGCGUUAUUGCGCGUGCGUGGAUCAGCCCGUAGAUUUGUUGAGAAGUGAUGGUUCCUUCACGCGCCGGAUUUGAGGACGGUGUUGUAGGUUACAUCAGUCGCGUACGUGAAGGAACCAGAGACAUCACACACACACACACACACACACACACACACACCUCGCAGUUAAAGUCUAUAAACCGUUAUUCAGAGAAACACACCUGUGUUGGUUCUUUGAGCUUCCAGAGGCUUCAGUUAGCCUACAUUAUGGUGUUGUAUAUAUACUUUCCUUUUAAACAUUAUAUAUAUAUAUAUAUA